AUGAGGUUGGCGAUCGACGUAACAAAUGGUCUACAGUGCAUACACAGCCAUGGCAUCGUGCACACGUCCCUGCAUCCACAUAACGUGCUGGUUCAUAAUGGCAGAAUGGUAAUAGGUGACUUGGGACUUUCAAAAACGAUGGAUGCUUCAAUACCAGAAAACAUCGAAAUUUUGCCCUACAUUGAGCCAAAUGUUCUAGCCAAUCCGUCUUAUCCACGUGACAAAAGAUCAGACAUAUAUAGUUUAGGAUUAUUAAUGUAUGAAAUAUCAAGCGAGAGAGCUCCUUUCUCUUCGUUUCGUCAUAAUUUUGAAGUGGCCAAAAAAAUUUUAUCGGGAUCAAGAGACAAACCUAUCCUAGGCACACCCAUAGAGUACAUCGAUUUAUAUGAACAAUGUUGGGACAAUGAUCCCAUGGCAAGACCGACCGUCGACGGUGUAUUGUCCAUAUUGGGCAGGAUGAAUUUGACUCCGGUGUACGAUGAAGAUUUUGAGAUGACGACUUUCAAUGGGAAUUAUUUAAAAGGCGUCGAGAGAAAGGAUGUAAAAGUGAAAUUUGAAAAUUCAAUUAGUAUCGAAGUUCACCCGAACGAGGCCAAUAAUGUCGUUGCCACGUCAUCGAAGAAUCUUAAUUCGGUCUCGAAAAAAUCUGGUGGCGGAGUUGAUAGCGGGUUCGGUGAGGCAGAUGGGAGAAGAAUCGCGAAUAAAGAAGGAAAGGAAAUGCAAAUUAUUUCCAUGUCUCCCAAGAUGUAG